AUGAACAAUCCUAAGAUGCAACUGAAUAAUACCAAUAGCAAUUCCAAUAAUGUAAAUAUGAACAACAACGGAAGCCUGAAGUUACCGCAAUGGCAACAGCAACAGCAGCAGCCAUUGGCGAAUUAUACGUUACCGGGGGUCAUUAAUUACUUAACAUCGGAGUUUACUGAUCUUGAAAGAUUCAAGAUCAUGACAAACUUAGAGAAAUCAGAAAUGAAAUAUAAAAUUGUACAAUUACAGGGAGAACUUAAUACAUUAAGAUAUAUAACUGAAAAACAAAAGUCCCGUAUAGAUGUGCUCGAAAAAGAGAAUCAAAAAUUACACAGGCAAUUGAAACAUGAAGGACGGGAUAGUCAAUCGGGAAGUGAAACCAAGAAGGAGGGAACGAUUAAAGAAGACGAUAUUGAAAUACCCGAAAUAGAUUUACUAGAAAUUCAGAAAUCAAGAACACAAUUGACGAAGUCCAUGAGACAAGUAUUGCAUUUGUUAAAGACGCCCCAUGCGAACAAUAUGAAUCCUUUGAACCUAAAUAAUCCGGCCGAUGAACUGAACGAAUAUGAUGACUUAAUAAAGAAUGACAAAUCGGAUGCGUUUUGUUUUUCUGAGAAGGGCGAUACUCGGAUUCCGGAUUACAGUGGAAGAAGUCGCAAAUAUAACAAAGAAAGCAUAUUUUCACAAUAUUUGAAUGAUAUUCCUUUCGAUUCCGAAAAUCAGGGUUCAACUGAAAAAAUUCAAGACGAUCUGUGUCAGAACAACUUAACCGGAAUAGGAGAUAUUAAUGCGACAAGUAUUCAAUAUUUAGCCCAACCUUCGGAAGAAAAGGAAGUAUUUCCAUCGUCAAACUAUAAGGCAGAAGAAAGUGAUGCCGAAACUGUAAUCAUGGAUGACUCUGAUGGUGAAGAAUUGGAAUUGACGAAAACGAAGUCAAAUCUCGCCAAGAAACCUGUCACCAACUCGAGUUCAGCUAACUACUCACCUGUCAAGUCAGAAUUUCCUUCAGAAUCAAAUAAUGUUACUGAGGAUACGUAUUCUGUAAAACCGAACGCGUUGAUUACAACUAAUGAUCCUAAGUAUGGGUCCUGCCGGAUGUUUACUUCUUGCUUGAAUAACACAAUAGUUUAUUUGAAUUACGACCACGAUUCAGACGAAAAUUUGGUUUUACUAAAUGUAUGGUCGACGUCAUUGAACAAAUUGGUUGUUUCGAAAGAAUUUACAGACACCAUCGUUGAAAGGCCUACCAAUAUUAUUGACAUAUACUGCGUUUCGCACGAUGAAAGUAACCUGACGAUCUACUUAUUGAUUAUCUAUAAGUCCGGAACUGUUGAUCAUAUUAAGCUUAACGAAAAUUCCCAAAUAUCCAAGUCCUGUAUUCUUAACCUUGCACCAACAACUUUGAAUUCAUCCAAGUUGAUUGAAUUUAGGCAUAAGUCUAGUCCUGAAUCUAGAAAUUUUGGUCUUGUUGUAACUGGUUUACAAAACCCUGCAUCGAUUCCAUUUAUCAAAGUCUAUAAUUUGAUGGUAGAUGCUAUGAAUUCGAUAAUUGAGACCGAAAUUGGAUCAUACGUUAAAAGUUUCUUUAAGUUGCAAAAUUUACAAGAAUCUGAUAUGUUUGAGGUGGUCCACUGGUUCAAAAACGACGAUACUACGUCCAUAACAGACACAUCGUCUCAAAAACCUAACAAGGGUAAAUCCCACAAGAGAACGGUAUCUUGCACCGAUGUUUCUCUCUCUCCGUAUGAGAUCAUCCUUAAAUUAGGCUACCAGUUAAUCAGAUUUAAUUUUGUCCUGAAAAAAUACUACACUUUGAUCGACGAACAGCAUGGCGAUACCACGAAAGACGUUUGUUUCAAUGACCAUUUAGCAAUUUUUGUUGAAGUUAAGGAGGAUAUCUAUAAAUUAAGAGUAUACGAUUUAGUUAAGAAGACAACGAUAAGUCAAACCAACUUCAAUGGCUCGUUAGCCCAGAAUUCUAGUCUUAUCUUAGUCAGCGAUCAGAAAAAGUAUGCCAUUGCUAGAUUGGACAGAACUCAUAUUCAAUUUUACGAUUUGAAUUUCUCCUUAUUACAUCAUAUCAACAUUUCUCCUUUACCCAAUACUUUGUUAUACGCCAAUGGUGAAAUUGUUUUAGCCACGGUCUCCAAUAAUUCCGUAGAAAAUUUGGCUAUUUACGAUCUAAACACGUUUACUGCAUAA